CGUCAGUGUCUCGAACGAAAUCCGCACGCAUUUCACCCGAAGAUCGGCAAAGGCAGGGCCGGCGACACAGAGCGCCGACACACCAAAGGCUGCAAUUGUCGGCGAAGCGGUUGUCUCAAGAACUACUGCGAGUGCUAUGAGGCGAAGAUCCUGUGCUCGAGUCUCUGCAAGUGCUGCGGCUGUAAGAACUUCGAGGAGAGCUUUGAGCGCAAGACUCUCAUGCAUUUGGCCGACGCGGCCGAAGUGCGAUCCGCUCAGCAGAACGUGGCCACGAAGAACAGGCUCUGGAGCUCCGACUUCAAGCCCAAGCUUCCCAUUCGUGUGGACGGCGAUCGACUCCCGUGUAGUUUCAUAACGCCUGAAGUGAUUGAGGCCACGUGUCAGUGCCUAUUGGCUCAGGCGGAACAGGGAGAGCGGGUUGGCAUCGAUUUGAAGCAAAUCGAGAAACUG